AUGAAAGUGACAUAUAUUCUCAAAAAAAUGAAGAAUUAUGAUUUUAAUAAACAAAAUUACUCCUUAGAUGAAUGUGAAGGAAUGAGAUAACAUAUAAUCACAAAAAUACCUUAGGAUAAGAAGAUCAUAGAAUUAUUAAAUUUUUGUUCAUCAUACAUCUUUAGACUACAAAUACAUAUAGUGUGGAUCAAAUUUUUUUUCAUUUAUUAGUUGAAAUAAAGGAGGAUUUAAAACAAAAUCAUUUGAAAAAUUAGAAUUUGAAAUACUUCUCAGCACACUUCAUGAGAUGCAACUUAAGUGGAUCAGAAUUUGAAAAGUUCAACAUAAGUGGAAUGAAUUUAAUGAAGCAAAAUUCAUUAAUUGUAAGUGGAGGAAUUUAAUAAUAAAUGAGGUGAUGAAGUUAAAUUGUAAUAGAGGUAGAGUAAAUAAUGUUUGCUUUUCUUUUGAUGGCCAGAUAUUAGUUUAUUGCAAUUGUGAUAAUUUUAUACUUUUUUUGGAUGUUAGAACUCGAAAUAAAAAAUCUAUUUUUAAGUGUAAGAGGAAUGCAUAAUGUGUGUGCUUCUAACCAAGUAGUAAGUUAUUAGCUUAUUCCAGUUACAAAUAUGUGUAUUUGUUGAACUUGAAAAUUGGGAAUUUCUCUCCUGAGCACUACAUUUGCAUCUGGUAGUUCAGACCAUUCUAUCCAAUUAUGAGAUGUUAAGACAGGAUAAUAAAAAGCCAAUUUAAAUGGUCAUUCAGAUGAUGUAAGAACAAUAGUAUCUCCCCUGAUGGUACUACAUAAGUAUCUGGUGGUGAUCAUAAGUCUAUCCGCUUAUGGGAUGUAAAAACAGCAAAAGAGAUUUUAUCUUAAGAUGAUUGUUACAAAGACCUUCUUAAUUAGUUUAAAUUCCCACGUUAAAGUCAAUCCAUUUCAUAUAAUAGUAUUUAAUUAUUCAUUAUUUAGCUAAUUUUGAUCGUACAAUACUUCGAAUAUGUCAAAAUCAAAUUUUGGAAGCUUUAAAAGCUUUAAUCCUUUAUGGAGAAUUAUCCAUAAUUAAGGAUUAGAAUUAAAAAUCAUUAUUCAAAUCCAAAAGAACUUGUAUUUUAGAAAACUAAAUCGAAUUGAAACAUAGAAACCUGAAAUUUGUAUGAUAUAAUGAAUGUUAUUAUUUUAGAAAAAGCAGAAUUCAAUCCAAUUUAAUCACUUUAGGAAUGACAUUAUUUAAUUUAGACAGAUACCCAGAGGCUAUUGA